ACUUUCUCUAAACCUCCAUUUAAAAGAGUUAGUGGUAAACAAGGAAGUAUAAAAUGUUUGGCAAACUUCGUGAUAGUUUUUUUGCUUCUGGAAAUACUUGUUAAUCCCCACUCAAAGUAGCUUGUGUCUUCAACGUCGCUUAGACCAGCACGUAAAAAAGAUCAUAAUUUACGGACAAGAACCCGGGCGGGCACAACCGAUUGACCAAGAGUGAAAUUUGCAGUCAUUGAACUACCCGUUCCGUCACAGAUCAACCACUCUGUGAAUCUGGCCACACAUGCAUUCCCCCGCAGGACGAUGUCCCUCCACCCGUCGUACCAGGCAGGACCCCGAACAAUGUACCAAGGAGUGCAACAGCUGCCCCGCCUCUUCCUGCUCGGGUGACGGAUGAACACGAUAAUGGACCAGAUGUUGUGGAUUUAUCGGUCUAUCUGCUUCCCUGUGAGAACCAGGACACAUAUGAAGACAUGAGUCGGCCGGACGAACCAACGCCCCAAUGUUACGGAGCUCGGCCUGAGGAUACGCCUCGGCGUGGCACUUUUGGUCGAGGUGAUCUUGUUAGCCCGGCACACGUCCGCUCCUGGAACUCUUUCGGAGCGACUGAUUCUCAUACAAGGAAGUCGGGAGCUCAAGCGUUGAAGCCGAACGUUCCGAAGUUGGCCGGCCAAUCGUUCAGCUAUGGGCAGAAGAAAACUGAGAGAUCGUCCAAUUCUAUCGUCGAACGUUUGACUCGGGCCUUAGAGACGAGACAGCGAAAUAAGAGCCGUGAGGAGGAGAGACCUCUGGAAGAAAUGGAUGCUGGUGAGUGCGAAGAAGCCUACUUAAUUCCCCAGGCACCAGUGGCGCCCAAACUUCCUCCAAGUCGACCGCACGCCACUGCGCCAACUUCACACAGGACUGGCCAAAACAGGAUGAUUCGCAGUCAGAUGGAGAGUACCAGGUGGCAGAGGGAGGGGAUGUUUCUGAAGAAUUGUAUGAAGAGCCCGAAAAGAAACAGAAUGAAAGGAUUGGUGGUGGGGGGCAGCCCCAGUUCAUUUGAGGCUAAAAAGCCACCGACAAACCAAAGAGGAAAACAUGCUGCGGGAAACAACAACUCUGUGCCCACAAAAAAAGAACUACCAGCACUUCCAGUGAAACCUGCCACAGCAGAAAAACCUGCGAUAGCAGCACGGCCGGGCCUGCUCCCCAAACCGGGCAACAGAGAUCAGCCCCCCAUCCCUUCCAAGUCAGAUUUCAAGAGUCCGGACAAUAGUUUUGACGACAAUACCAGUGGUGGUUCCACUUCUUCUGCGUCUGGAGGUCAACUGUCAGUGCGGCCAUUACCAAACAUUCCUGGCACUAUCACCAGUCCGACUACCGCUCCGACCAAGGUUCUUGUCUUGCCGCCUGUUCCUCAGUGGCACUCUGAUCAUGGAAAGACUGAAGGUGCUGGUAAGAAAAAGCCUCUGCCCCCCACCCCAGACUCUGCUCCACAACCAGUACAAGAAGAAGAGAGCCAGGAAAUCUAUUCUGACGCUGCUUCUGAACGUGCGCUGACUGACUAUGACUGGUAUCAUGGUGAUAUCUCAAGGGAUGAAGGACAGAAGAGGCUCAAAAGUCAUGCAAAGAAUGGAGGAUUUCUGGUCCGUACCAGCUCCAAGUCAGCUCACCCGUACACCCUUGUAGUGUAUUUGGAAAAGAUCGUGUACAACAUGAUAAUCCGAUGUCGAACCAAUGAUAAAAAAUUCGCCAUAGGGAAGGAGAAACCAGAUGAAGUGGCUUUUGCCUCUUUACAAGAACUGAUAGAGUAUCACCAAAGCCACUACGUGUCACUGGUGGAGGGCGGCAGUGUGCGGCUGACAGGAUCCCCCCCAAAAUCUUGACUUGUGUACCUGGUGAAAAUGUUGAAGUUUUACUACAGUAGGGCCUACUUUUUCAUGCAAGUAAACAAGAGUUAGAGAUGAUUUUUUUUUAAUGCUGUAUGAAUAAUAGAUUGUUUACAUCUAUUGAGGAAUGUGAACAAAACAAAACCCAACCCUGUCCCAAGGAUGAUUAUGCAUGGUUUUUAAGAUAAUGAUUGUGUUUAUGAUAAUAAUAUACUGAAAUUUAAGUUAUGUGUCCAAACUGCUCUAACUUAAUGCCCAGUUUGGCCAUUUUGCUCCCCUUUAGCAGACAACAGCAUUUGGGUCCUGUAGAAGCUUGUAUCGUAUGUAUAUGGGCUAGUUGGGGUCUGCUCUGGUUGAGAGAGCAGCCAGCAUUGAUGUGAAUACCCAAGUCUUUUCAUUUCUCCGUGUACGUGUAUGUUGAGAGAAGAUGAGAAGGAAGAUUGAGGGGGGUUGGGGAAAGGGAGGGGGGGGGGGAGGGAGAAGGUAACAGUGUGCUCAACAUGGAUGGUCAGGAAAGGGUUGUUUGCAGGUCUCAAGCCUUUUAAGUGCUGAAAAGCUAUAAAAUUAAUGGCAUUCACAGUCUGUGUAUCGGAGCUGUCUAUAAUUCCCCUUUUCACGGUCACAGUACAGUAGUCCAGAAAGUGUUCCAUCCCUCUAGAUGGACUGAAAUCUUUUAACUAUUUCAGUACACAAGGUAUUCCACAAUAGUACACACCCAGACACGUAGUGUGUUACCUUUAAAUGGCUAUAAUUCAGUCAGAUAUUAUUGGAUUUGUUUUUGUGUGCAUUCGAAUUAUUUGUUAUUGGACAGAGAAUCACAUUAUGGGGAAAAUAGGAAGUAAAUGUAGGACAGGACCAGGGACAUAUUUUGGGGUUGAUGAAAUCAGUACUCCAAAAACACAGCUUUAGUGGUGAUCUGCCUAAACUUGGAACCAAAAACGCCUCCUAAGUGGCGGCCCCAAAUCAAAGAUUUAAAGUUCUUAUUCCAACCCUGUUUGCACCUUUACCCUGGCUUUCCUCAGUUUUGAUUAUCGAGGGUAGUGCAUGCUGAUCAAUGGAAUGCAGGCAUAGAUACAUCCUUGUAUCGUAGCUGGACCAUGAGAAAAAGUGCUAAUUGUGUUUCCAGCCUUGAGAGUUGGGACUGUAAGCUGAUUUUUUGUCUUAAAACUGGAUGUAUGCGUUUGUAUUUCAGUCAUUAUUUUAUUUCUAUUUUUCUUAAAUGUAUUGCUGAAUACUGGAUAUUACAUGUAUUUCAGUCUUGGAAAAAUUAUUUGUUGAGACUGUCAGUGAAAUUGAGAGGGGCUAUACAGUGGAGCCUAAUUAGAACAGAUUUCCCCUUCUCUUUCCUUCCUCAAAGUCACCCAUGACCUUUUUCAACCUUUUGUUUUGUUGUUUUUUUGGGGGUAUUUUUUUACUUUCCUUUUCUUAAGAUGAACUCAAAAACAUUCCGAAAAGAUGAUAGUGGACUCACUCCACUGACUUAAGUUUUUCAUCCAAAUGACUAGCCAAUAGACUGUCAACUGCUUUUUUUGUGAAUUAUUUGAGCUGCUCCCUUUUUCAUGAAGAGAGUUUAUCUAAUUGUUUUGUGAUGAUUUAAGGUGUGAUUGUUAAAUUUUGCUUUAUGAACAAAAACUUGAAAGCAGAUUGCUUGUGUUUUUAUUGUUACUCAUUGGUUACUUGUAGAUCUGGUAUUAUUUGAUACAAACAAAUCGUGCAUGCUCAAGUGAUCCAUUGUUUGAUGUUCUCUUCUUGUUUUAGCAAGGUGUUUGUGAAAAUAAAUGAAAUAUAUGUCCAUAAAUAUACAAAUCAAUACAUUUUGCAAAAAUGUUAAAGACAGAUGACCUGAAGAAAGACAAGAAACUUUUAUGACAAAUGCUUGUGCUCAUUGGGAUAAUUAUAGUUGCCUGAAUUUACUUUUGUUGCAGUAGAUGUGCAAGCAAAUAUCUCUCGCUGUCUGUCAACCACACUGUGUCUGUUUUAAGUUCCACAAUAGAGAUGAUAACUUGUUGUUCUUUUGUUCAAAUCACAGACUGUAUAAGCUGAUGGUUUUCUUGAAUUUUGAGACAUUCAGUAAACCUUCAUUAACAUCCCUUCUUUCAUGUUUUAUUCUUAUACCUUACUGUAUCUCUUACUGUCAUCUGAGAGUGCAAGCUGUGAAGCGUUUAGCGUCCUGUUCAUCCAGUGUCUGCAUUUUUUUGUCAGGGCUCUCUGCUUCUCUCUACGUCAUAACUUUUUCAUUUUGUUCUUUGGCCACUCUAAUCUUCUAGUAACGAGCAUUAAGUCUUUUCUUUUUUCCAUGCAAUUGAAUAAGCUGAUAAUGACACUGAUGCAAGAAAAAAAUGAGGGACUCGAGUAUUUCUUUCUCACCCUGUGUAAGACGUAGUCAAAUAAAAUUACUCGUAUUUCUUGAGAUGGCUAUGAUGAUGUUUCCUCCAAAUUUCCUUUCGUUAUCCUAUUGUUGCUUCCCUUGUGUGUUGUGGCAGCAUCCUAUACUUAUGCACAGCCCUCCCUUUAGCCUUCUCAUUGGACACGUAAGGGCAGAGCAGUGUACUGUGGUUACAAAGUUCAAAAAGAUGUAGGGCAGUUAAAAAUGUUUAAGACAGCCACUUACGUUAAGGAGAAAAGUAGAUGUCUUAGAAAAGUGGACAUCUUGGAAAAUAUCAUUAUGCUAUUUUUUUUUAAUGCAAGGGGGGGGGGGGGGGAGCGAAAAGUUGUUGUUUAGACUAGUGAUUGUCUUGGACAGAUGGCCAUGAGAGCAGGUUUCAUUGUACUUGUAAUGUCUGAACUUUUGUACAAUGUAUGAUGACUCCAACCAUAUUCUGAUGUCAUGUAAGCUCAAGUGUGCAUUAGCUGUUAUUCAUUACCUAGAAAUCCCAUGUGUAUUGACAGGAGUUCAUACUGAUAGAUAUCUUUAUCCCUUUAUUGUCAUUGUUUGUUUGUCCAAGGAAUAAGAAUGGAGCACAUUUUCGUAUUUUUGGUUUCAAGUUUUAUGCCUGGGGGAUGUGUGACAUGAGAACUUUAAAAUACUUCUGUAUAUUUCAAAAGAAAA